UUUUACCGAUAGCGCGGAACGUCAAAUUUUUUCCAAGACCCGGCUUUUGAAGGUUAUGGUACAUUUGUAAUCCUUGAAAAUUAAAAAAAAUUAAGCAAUGUUUUCGAGACAACUGAUAAAUACAUGUAGAACAAUAUUAAGGCAGCCAUCAACUGUUGAUUUGAUUCAAAACCACACAAUUCGUUCUGUAACAGUACGGCACAGGUCUUACACUCCAAUUAACACAAUUAUCAUGUUCGUGCCCCAACAGGAAGCUUGGGUGGUGGAGAGGAUGGGAAAAUUUCACAGGAUACUCGAGCCCGGCUUAAACGUGUUAAUCCCAGUUGUAGAUAGGGUAAAGUAUGUUCAAAGUUUGAAGGAAAUAGCGGUCGAUAUUCCCAAACAAAGUGCCAUCACCUCAGACAACGUUACUCUAAACAUUGAUGGUGUCUUAUAUUUACGAAUAGUGGACGCUUACUUAGCAAGUUACGGUGUUGAAGACCCCGAAUUUGCCAUAACCCAGCUAGCCCAAACCACAAUGCGCUCAGAACUGGGCAAAAUAUCCCUAGAUAAAGUUUUCCGCGAGAGGGAAAAUCUUAACGUAUCCAUAGUUGACUCAAUAAACAAGGCGAGUGAAGCCUGGGGCAUGACCUGUCUACGUUACGAAAUUCGUGACAUUAAAUUGCCUCCAAGGGUGCAAGAAGCGAUGCAGAUGCAAGUGGAAGCAGAACGGAAAAAACGCGCCGCUAUUCUGGAAUCUGAGGGUAUUCGCGAGGCCGAUAUCAACGUGGCUGAAGGCAAACGAAAAUCUAGAAUUCUAGCUUCUGAGGCCGAGAGACAGGAACAAAUCAACAAAGCUGCCGGUGAGGCAGCUGCCAUUUUGGCCGUGGCUGAGGCACGCGCUGGGGGACUUAAACUAGUGGCUGAGGCUCUUAAGAAAGAUUUGGGGCCGAAUGCAGCCUCCUUGAGCAUAGCAGAGCAGUAUGUGACAGCGUUUGAUAAGUUGGCAAAGACGAAUAAUACGCUUAUUUUGCCCUCAAAUGUUGGGGAUGUUUCGAGUCUGGUGGCGCAGGCAAUGUCAAUUUACUCAACGAUCUCAAAAUCGCAAGGCAAUGAAAAUGUGAAAAAAAUCGAUGACUGUAUGAAUUCUUCGCAAAAUGAUCUGGCAGAACUGUUCAGCGAUGAAGAGGAAAGAAAAAAGCACAAAGAUAACAAAAAUCAGCCGUCGCUUCCUUUAUUUAAAUAGGUGUAUUUUUUGUUUAUUUACAUAUUCAUUACUGUAGAGGACAAGACAAAUUAAAUUAUUUUAUAACUGA